AUGCAUCUGUCUAGAAUUCCUCAACUUCUGGCUCUUUUCCUGUCUUUAGCCUCCUCGACUCAAGCUGAGAGAGGGCAUGAUCUGGCCCAGGAGGCGGGUCAUCAUGUCAUAUUCUCUUAUCCGGGCAUCAGUCCUCCAGCUCACCUGUUUGACUUGAUAAAACAGGGAAAGGUGGGCGGCAUCAUUCUAUUCGGAGAGAACGUUGCUAGUAAUGUCAGCACAAUUAUCAACCAGCUGCAGGAUGCUUACAAGCAAAGUCAAGCAUACGUGGGUAGCCCACUGCUCAUCAUGACCGAUCAAGAAGGAGGCAUUGUGCGUCGAUUACCCGGUGGUCCCGUCUCCAGUGCCAAACAAGUUGGCGAGUCCGGCGAUCCAGGCGCGGCAGCCAUACAAGCUGGCAAAGACGCCGCUCACACACUUGCAGAGUUUCAAGUGAACACCAAUCUGGCACCUGUGCUAGGUAUCUAUCGCGAAGCAGGCGACUUUCUAGAUCAAUACGGUCGAUCCUACGGCAAUAACUCUGAGCUGGUAGCCACAUGCGGCUCGGCCUUCAUCACUGCUCAGCAAGUGGCGGGAGUCAUUGCUACUGCCAAACACUUUCCCGGUCUCGGAGCAGCCGGCAACUUGAACACGGAUGAAGGACCUGUCACGAUUGAUCUCCCCUUGAGAGAGCUUCGGGCCGUUGACGAAGCUCCUUAUACAAAUGCCAUCGCAGCGGGCGUCGACAUGGUGAUGACUUCGUGGGCAGUGUAUCCAGCGCUAGACGCCACAUAUCCCUCUGGGCUCAGCAAUGCAUGGGUUGAGGGAGAACUUCGAGGACGACUCGGCUUUCGCGGUGUCACUAUCACCGAUGCGCUCGAAGCGGGAGCUUUAGAAUCUUUUGGCGAUGCCGGUAAUCGCGGUCUCUUGGCGAGCCAAGCGGGUAUGGACGUCAUUCUUGCGUCUGCUCGCGACGUGGCACAAGGGGAAGCUGUUGUCAACGCACUGGUUUCUGCCUUGGACAAUGGCUCCUUGCCGAGAGGCAAAUUCACAAAGGCCACAGAUCGAAUUCUAGCCCUUCGCCGGAAGAUCACUGUCUAG